GCAUGUGCCGCCCAUCGCUCUACGCCGCCCACCCCUCCACUCCAGUCAAACGACAGGGCCGACCGGACAAUAAAAGAAAUACGGGCUGCGUUAGCGCCAGCUCGUGUUAGUUAGUGUGUGGUGCCUGAUGGGGCUGGUGGGCUUGUCUCCUUUGUCCGGUAAACCGGGUUGCACUGCUUGGCUCUGGGCCACCCGCCUCGCAUCGACAAUCCUCGUCUUAAACGUAUAAAGCACCGUCUCCUCCCGGCCCUACUCCGUUAGCUUAUUCCCUUCUCUCCUCUCUAACCACUUUCGCUUCACACCUCUAAAAGACCUUCGUUCUUCCACACUUCAGUCGACUUUUUAGUUCGUCUCGACAUUCGCUUAACACAACAACAACACACCAACACUACAUUCACAAUGAAGUCCUUCGCUGCCGUUGCCCUCCUCGCCGCCACUGUCGCCGCCAACAAGUACCCCGACUGUGAGCCCGACAACUGCCACCGCAACUUGGUCGAUGACCGCUUCAAGGACCAGGCUCCCGCUAUCUGCAAGCAGUGGCUCGCCGGCACCACCACCGCCGCCUCUGCCAUCCCUACUCAGUUCAACAACUGCCCCAGCGUCCAGGAGUUCUCCUCUGCCUGCUCCUGCGUCACCUACACUGCCACUCACACCAGCGGCACUCCCAGCAGCUCUGUUCCUCCUAGCAGCUCUGCCACUCCCAGCAGCUCUGUCGUCCCCAGCUCUUCCAUCCCUCCCGUGAGCUCCAGCACCAAGGGUCCCGUCAGCUCCUCUUCUGCUGUUCCUUCCACCACCUCUUGCCCUACCACCGUCUCUACCGAGACCAGCAAGCCCGUCACCCAGUGGACCACCUCUACCAUCUGCAGCUACGUCACUCACACCGUUACUGAGUGCCCCAGCACCGUCCCCAACUGCCCUGUCAAGCACACCACCACCAGCGUUGAGACCAUCCCCAUCACCACCACCGUCUGCCCCGUCACCACCACUCCCGCUCCUCACAACAACGGCACCGCCACCUACACUCCUCCCGUUCAGGGCACCCAGCCUCCCGUUGUCACUGGUGCUGCUGGCCGCUUCGCCGUCGAGUACCUCGCCGCCGCUGCCGGUGUUGCCGCUGCUCUCCUCUAAAUGGUUGAGUAAAGGAAGAAGAGAAGGUUGCGGCGCGGCACUGAUAGUCACAAAACGCCUGUCUUGAUCGUCUACUGCUGCUGCUGCUGCUCUUGCUACUUCUCUUCAAACAAUCCAUCCCCUUGUUCAUUUUCUUGACGUUCCUUUCCUGCUGAGAACGAACGAACGACAUUGUCUAUUGUUUUGGUUAUCACCUACGAUUCAUGAUUGUUACAUACGGGUUCCUCAGACUUAUCCCGGGGUUUUUAUUUGCAGAUAUUUCGCAGACGUUUUGGGUUCAAUUUCUUUUAGACGUGAAAGGAUGUUGCUACAAGCACAUGCCUUUCUAGCCAUACAUGGGCCUUUGUUUUUUUUAGCCAUCUCUUACUUGCCUAGACAGCUUAUUGCCUGUUGAUACCCUCUCUUAGAGAGCGCUAUUAGCACUGGUCAGCUCUGUCAACCUUUAAAAGAUAGUUUUUAAUUUUACCAUAUUACCACACAACAAUCUCGUUUGGCAUUCUGACCAUGGUUCAUUUUAAGAGUGGUUUUGCGGAGGGCGAUAGCGCUAGUCCUAACUAGGCAGCAUGUUUCGGCAUCGCGUGGCAGUCGACGAUUUUUCGCCGCCCACAGACGUCGACAUCACGCGUCGUCCGCUUUUCGUCGGUGUCUGCGCUUUGGUACGCUUGUCUAGUUCCGGCUUGGUUAAUGAGUUUUUAUUUGCAAUUGUCUCUUUCUAGUGUCCAAAAAGGCAUCCACCCGAGGCUACUUCGUCUAGCUGACUUUGGGGCGUCGCGCGAGCGCCGCGAGCACCCUCUAAAAACUCUUCGUCAGCUGCAUUGACUUUGUUGAGCCAUUUUCAUCAGUGGGUACGGACACGGACUUGCCAGAAGCCAUUGAAUUCAUCCACAGCCAUGGACAGGAAACAGCACCUUCAAAGAAAGGACUACGAUCUGCCCCAUGCAGACCCUCUCCCGAAGGAAUCCCGCAGCGUUGACAGCCAAUAGUUCAGUGCAGAUCCAGGCCCUGGACUGUCCAGGGGGCCGCCAUCUCCUAACGCUCAGGGGGAGUUGGGUGCUCUGUCAGCGUUCUCAGCUGCCUGUUUGGGCCCCCUAUGAUGGGGCGCUGUAGGGGCUCGUCUCAGCUAAUGCAGCCCACGGCCACAGACUGACUUGUACCUGCAUCAAUGAGUCCACUAGGUUCCUUUUGGUGAGCAUCAAUUGUCUCCUGAACCAAAAGCAAGCACCUACAAAACGGUCACGCCCCAGGCGGUGUCGUUUAUCGUCCGUUGUCUGCCAAGUCGCUGCUGAUUUGACUUUGGUGCCUGGCGAUGGAAAAGCGGAGAAUAGCCUGUUUGUUACCAACUGAAUGGUUAAUAUGCCUCCAGCUGGUUGGCGCCUGCAGCGUUGCCAGGCGGCUCGCCCAAACUCUAUAGCCACCAGCGCCACAAUAUAUUCCGCUGCCAAUUUUUAACUUUCUGUUGACUGUGGCUAAGUAGAAAACUGCUUCCCAAUCGGGUAGUAAAUUCAGCAGCGCUGUUUAAAUUGUCUGGGCGCUGCUCCUCUCCGCCCCGACAUCUCACAACGUCUGUCGAGUCUGACAGAACAUGUCCUCGGGUAGUAGCCGGGCGGUGUGUAUGACCAUAUGUUGUGCCAAUUGAUUUGAUAUGUCAUAGAUACUGUUGCUGCGUUGCUCAUCCCUAAAAGCCUGUAAAAGGUCUUUAUGGGGUUACCAGUGAGACACCCGCGGCAGCGUGCGCCAAACGAGGAGAGUGCCUCCAAAUGUGUCUGGCAAUAAUUCUUCCUAUCGAGACGAUAUUAGUGCUACAAUGUAAUUAUAAAACUUGUCUAAAAACAGAUGAUAUCGCAGUUUUCGAACCGGCUCUGUGAUUGUUGCCAUUGCUCUCAUGAUACCAGACUGAGGGCCACUGAGGAUUAUAGAUGCCUCAGGAGUUACGUCCUUCCAGACAGUAUCAGCAGAGAUGAAUUUUCCGUAAGAUCCGAGAGUAGAUAUCAAAUCUACAUGUCUGUCCUAUCUCGCUGUGGUGAGAGGAUAGUCGAAUAUGACCGGAGGUGGCCGAAGGUGAACUUCCCGCCAUGAACUGUACUGAGCAUCUCUGGGUCCGGAAUGAAGCGAACGAGGCCGCCAAUGUGUACGUACAGUUAUGAUUUCCAUGCAUCAUCAAACUAUUGACCUUACGAUGUACCCACAGCUACAAGUGAGCCUUCGGUUAAGGUUGACAACGAAGUAUAGCGCGGCAAGCCCGGCAAGCCUGGCUGCCUCUGAUGGGCCGCGAACCAAUUCCAACGGCGCAUUCUGACAAAGACG